AAAAAAGUUUGAAAACGUUUUGCUCUCGAGGCUGUUUUUAGAAGCAGUCUGUAAAGCUGCAGCCUACAGCGACCUAAACAUCCAAACCCCGCCGACAACUGAACGGCGCACAAACUAGCUGUCUCGUUUAGUUUCGGCUUUCUACGUCACGUCCAGACCGCCGCCUUCUCUCCCGCGCGCGCUCCGCCGCACUUUAACAAGUUUCCACGGCGAGUCGCGGCCAUAUUGUGACGGUACUUUGAGCGUUUCGAACUUUAAAGAACACGGUGUAACUUUUGGGCCAACUUUCGUCCCGUUCGGUUUAAGGGACCGUGGCGAAAUGUGUCGACGCGGCGAGGCGGAGUGUCGGCGUCGGCGGCUCCCUCUUCCUGCGCCGCUUUAAGUGGAAGCGGGGCGCCUUGAAACCUCCAUGUUUGUAUCUUGAAAUUGCGAGCAGGAGUUGAGCACCAUAUUGAAUCAAAGUUGCCAACUCUUUAAAACAAAUGUUCGCCGACUUUGGGACUGUACGUCAGCGGCUCAGCGAGUGGUUCCCGCGGCGGUGCGAAUGGACGCGCUCUAAGCGGCGGCUCGGCCACUUUUCCGGCGCCUUUCGGUUUUGUUUUCGUACAUGUUCGGCUCACGCAGCAGCGGCGGAGUAGUCGGCGAAACAACCCAGAAGUUUGAGGCGUGAGGACUGGGGGACUGGGACGCGAUGGACAGCCCGUCCUCAGUCAUCACCCAAGUGAGCCGGGAUGAGGAGGGCAGCAAAGCCGCGUCAGAGAGAGGCUCUUCUCCCUCCCCGUCAUCGAAGAAGCCGCGAAGCAGAGGCCUGUUCUCCGGCCUGUUCUGCUGCCUCUGCCGGGACCAGCCCGAACCCCUGCCCGUCAACAACAACGCUCCUCUCUUGGUGGAGGAGAAUGGGACGGUCUCCAAGGUCAAGCCACUGCUGCCUCCAGUCAAGUCAAAAGACGCUGGGAAGAUCUGCGUGGUGAUCGACCUGGACGAGACGUUAGUUCACAGCUCUUUUAAGCCUGUGAACAACGCAGAUUUCAUCAUUCCCGUGGAAAUAGAUGGAACCGUACACCAGGUGUAUGUCCUGAAGCGGCCGCAUGUCGACGAGUUCCUGAAGCGGAUGGGAGAGCUCUUCGAGUGUGUCCUGUUCACUGCCAGUUUAGCAAAGUACGCAGACCCCGUCUCUGACCUCCUGGACAAGUGGGGCGCGUUCCGCUGCCGCCUCUUUAGGGAGUCGUGCGUUUUCCACCGAGGCAAUUACGUGAAGGACCUGAGUCGCCUGGGUCGUGAUCUCAACAAAGUCAUUAUCGUGGACAACUCCCCCGCCUCCUACAUCUUCCAUCCCGACAACGCAGUUCCCGUUGCUUCGUGGUUCGACGACAUGUCCGACACCGAGCUGCUGGACCUCAUCCCGUUCUUCGAGAGGCUGAGCAAAGUGGACAACGUCUACACAGUCCUCAAGCAACAAGGGACUCCAAGCUAACCUCGACGCCGUGGAAACAAAACGCCGUAGAAACAAAACAGAAAGCGAGGGGGGAAGAAAAAGGUGAACGCGCUAGCGAGGUUGGAACUCCACCUAUCACUGCCCACCAGAACACAGCCGACAGAGCCUUCACCCUCCCAGUACACAACCGGCUUCCUGACCGGCGCUGCCACCUUCUGGUCAAACACGAACCAACGCGUAAUGACAUUUCCACAGCGUAGCCACGAAUCCUCCGGAUUCCACCUGGGUGCUGACUUCUCCACGGGAUGCUCCUUUAAACUGAUUUGAAAGGAAUGUUUUUUUUUUUAAAGGUUCACAUGAAAGCACACGCGUUCCAUCCAAGCCGUGCAGGGCCUUCACAUCUUGACAGCGUGUCGGACCAGCGCUUAUUUGAGCCUGGUUUUUCGAGCCGUUUUGGAGCCAUCAAGGCAGUGUUAUAAAAUCUCGUUCAAGUUAACUAUAUUCGGAGCUGGGAGAGUUUAAAAUAUUAAAACAUAAGUGAUUGGACGGCACUUUACUGUUUGAUGUGUAGUCUAUAGUGCAAACUGAUGAUUUUUGUGCACAAAUAUUGCUUAGAAAAUAGCAUAAUAGUCCAAAUUUGAUCUCUUUGCUGUGUAAUUCCCCACCGCUUUAUGCUUUUAAACAGGCUAGAUUUGAUCUGAUUGAACAGGAGAAAGAGCGGCUCUCAUUGGUUGUCGGGUUGAUAAGCGCCAUGACCAAUUGAGUUCAGAGGACCAGAACUGUCUUCCAAACCCAACCCAGUGGAAACCAGUCCCUGUUGACGGUGCGUCACAACUGUGUCGGAUUUGUUCCUUGCUUUAAAGCCGUGCACAAAUCAUGAACCUUCGAUUGUCUUCUUUUUAACUUUGGUUUAGCGGACUGUGUUUAAAGCUCUGUUGUAGCGGAACAGUAGCCUUGAGUUAUUUACGUCCCAAAGCGGUACUUGUAGCCCGGAGGCAAGUUGUGCGACGUUGUCAGAAGAUGCUCAUUUGGGGAGCGUGAAGCCAUCUCUCGCGAUAAAUGCUUUGGUUCAGUCCAGAUUUAGGGGAUAAGUCCACCUUGAAGCCAAUCAACACUAUUGGUUCUGUUACUUGGCUGAAGUUCUUUCAUCUUCUGGACAUAAAUGGAUGUAAUAUUAACUCGGUAAUGUAGCGCAGCCAUGUUAACGUUCUCUGAAUUGAAAAUAUAAUCACAGAAAAUAACACCCACUCCUUAUGUUUUUUGUUUUUUUUGAUAUAUACAUAUUAUUGAGCGUUGCUAAAGAUGUUGUGGGAAGUGUAGGAAAUCACUAUGUACACGAUUGCUGACAAAGUUAGAGCUGAUAUAAGGCUGGAACGUGUACCUUUUUUUUUUUUUCUUUUUCUUUUUUCUUUUUGUCCAGUUUUAGUUUCUUGGAGAUCAGUUUCCUGAAGAGCAACGCGGUCUCCCAGCAAUCCGCUGUUCCACGUUUGCGAUGACAAUGGCCUGUAUUGACACUGAUGAAUGAAAACGGCGGGUGAGACUAUGAGCCUGGGUGGCAGGCUUUAGACGGGGCAGGGAGAUUAAGAGCUAUUGAAUUAUUUUUAUAUGUAGAAAGCAAAACAAACACUUUUCAAUCAAAGUUAGCUUGUUGUUUUUGAAUACUUGCCUAUUUUUAUUUCUUAUUUCACCAAGGAGUGCUCAUUUGACAUCAUAUUUUUAGUGUGUUUUCCAAUCGGCUCUUUUUUUUGGUUGGAUACCUCGUAUAUCGGUAGAAUAUGGAUCAGAACCGCCCACAGAUACUGUUUUAGGCACAUAACAGGGUAACUGUUUUAAAGCGCGUUUUCCGUGUAAGCCGUUGUCACGCGUGUUAGAUUCAGAAAUGACGUUGUUUUCAAUUCAUUGGCAACGUAUUUAUAGGAACAUGAAGUCGUUUAGUCAUCUGAUUACAUUUCUGAGUGUUGCGUCACUAUAGGGCCCAUUCGCCGAUACUGUACUUCUUACACAUUAAUAGAUAUGUAUAUGUUGUUUUGCACCGUAAUAAAGCAAACAAAUUUCAUUAAUAUAUAUGGAAUAUUCAUUUUACUGUACUCAUGAUUCAAUAGAUGUAACCUAAUUUUUGACUUUUGUUGUUUUCUCAUACCAAAUCAUGUAUGACUGUAUGUAAUAUUGCCAUCUUUCUCUCUCUCUUCCAUAAAUGCUAAUUUGCAAGAUGGUCCAAGUGCUACUUUGUAAAGCAUUUUCUGUUCAAGAGGAUCAGAGAAUCACAGAAACGUGUUUUAAAAACGGAAUUCUGACGAAACAGUUUUCCCGCCUGAAAUUUUCCAUCUUUUCCUUCGACCUCGAAAUGCAAAUACAUUCUGAAAAUCAACCAGA